CUCGUCUGCUUUCGCUUGUGGACGCGCAGUCGGAGCGAGAUGGCGUGGGAAAGCGCGCGGGCCGUCCUCUUGCUGCUCCUCGUGAGCCGCGGGUCCUGCCUCGAGCUCACCUUGCUGCACACCAACGACAACCACGCGCGCAUCGAGGAGACGAACGUGGACUCGGGCAAGUGCCACGAGAAGGGCCCGUGCUUCGCCGGCGUGGCCCGGAGGUUCAGCAAGGUGUCGGAGAUCCGCAGCCGGGAGCCGAACGUCCUGCUGCUGGACGCUGGAGACCAGUUCCAGGGCACCGUCUGGUUCAACUACUACAAGGGCGCGGAGGCGGCUCACUUCAUGAACAAGAUCGGCUACGAUGUGAUGGCUUUCGGGAACCAUGAAUUUGAUAACGGCAUUGAUGGCCUCAUCAAGCCCUUCCUGCAGGACCUAAAGUGCCCUGUAGUGUGUGCCAACAUCAAGCCGGACCAGACCUUGGCUCCAAAGAUCAGCGGCCUGUAUCAACCCUAUCAAAUCCUCUCAGUCGGCGGAGAGGAAGUGGCAGUUGUGGGAUACACCACUGCUGAGACGCCCUUCUUGUCCAAGUCAGGGCCGCACCUCGCAUUCCAGGACGAAGUGGAGGCGCUGCAGAUUCAGGUGGACAAGCUCCAGACAUUGGGUUACAACAAGAUCAUCGCCUUGGGACACGCAGGCUUUGACGUGGACAAAAGCAUCGCCAAGAGAGUGAGAGGGGUGGACGUCGUCAUCGGAGGACACACCAACACGUUCCUCUACACGGGAACUCCUCCCUCCACUGAAAUCCCGGCUGGUCCGUAUCCCUUCAUGGUUGCAUCCGAAGAUGGAAGGAAUGUGCCGGUGGUCCAGGCUUAUGCUUUCGGGAAGUACCUGGGGUACCUGAAGGUGACUUUUGACGACGCUGGGAACGUGAAGAAGGCGGAGGGAAACCCAAUUCUCAUGGACAGCAGCGUCCCUCAAGACCCCGAGAUCCUCGCCGAGGUCCAGAAGUGGAAGGGGAGUUUGUCUCGCUACUCAUCGGAAUACGUCGGACAGACAUUAGUCUACCUCAAUGGGACGUUUGAGGAAUGCCGUUUUCGGGAGUGCAACCUGGGGAACUUGAUCUGCGAUGCCAUGGUUCAUCACAACCUUAAGCAUUCAGACGGCACUCAGUGGAACCACGUGGGCUCCUGCAUGAUCAACAGUGGAUCCAUACGGACAGCGAUCGAUGAGAGCCACAAUAAUGGUAACAUCACGAUGGAGGAGGUCCUUACCGUCUUGCCCUUUGGAGAAACUGUCGAUCUGGUGAAGAUCAAGGGAUCCACCAUGAAAAAGGCCUUCGAACAUUCCAUUCACAGAUACGGAAGCAUGUCUGGGGAGUUUCUCCAAGUGUCAGGUAUUCGAGUGGUGUACGACACCUCGCUGCCAGAGAACCAACGCGUGGUAUCCCUCUCGGUAUUGUGCACCCUCUGCCGAGUGCCAAAGUACGUGCCGCUGGACUUGGAGCAGACGUACACGGUGGCCAUGAAUUCGUACAUGGUGAAUGGGGGAGACGGCUACCAGAUGAUUAAGGAGGAGAUGCUGAAGCACAAUACGGGUGACAUGGACAUCACAGUUCUCUCUGAAUACAUCUCUGAAAUGAAGCAGGUCUUCCCUGCAGUGGAGGGACGCAUCUUGUUCAAGAACUCUGCUACGUCAGCAACACUGGGCUUGAGCUUGCUGCUACCAACUCUGUGCUCACUGACUACCUGAGCAUCGGCCUCCAUCUGACUGCAGAUCGCCUGUUUUUGGAAGCAAAGUCCAAACUGUCUUCAUGAACUGAAUAUUUUAACUUAACCCAGAACAUCUUAUUUAUGGGCAGAUCCUUGAAUGUGGAUGAACAGGAACAGGAUUCCCAGCGAUGCUUUGUAAAGUCACUGAAAUAUUCCUGAACCUCAGGUGAAAGGAACACUUUGAACCUGUUGUACGUGUUUCAAACAAGGAUUAAAUGAGUCCUGA